AUGGAAUUGGAAUCUCAAAUAUUGAACAAUAAUUUUAACAAUAACAAUAAUCUUUUUUCCGAUAGUAUGCCUUACGAUAUUAUUUCACCUACUUUGGAUCCUAUCACGAAUUGCAAUAAAAAAAACUAUAAUAAGGGACAAAGACAUUCGGAAACUGUGACUACUAAAGAUUCGGAUGCAGAUGUAAAUAGAAAUUCACCUGUAAGUGUUAGAUUCUCCACCAGCAUGAUGCCACCUCCGCCUCACAAAAUCGUCAAUUACAGCUACACUAUCAACAGGUACCAACCGAGAGAUUUCUCGAGUAAAGGUUACGAAAGCGACGAAAGCUGGUCCCCUCCGUCAAAAGAAUCUUCCAUCAGAACAAGAAUCUCGAGUAGAAAUUCAGGAGGUGGUUUUAGUGCGAAGAGAUUGGAUGAGCAAACAGUCGUUAUAGGCAAAUACAGCCACAGUUUUCCAACUGUUUGCUACCAUUCUAAUCUAAAACAUCAGAACAGUAACGCAAAUAAUAACAAUGGCAAUUAUAAAAAUAGGUGCUACACCAACAGCAACAUCAACUCGAACAAUAAAUUCAAUAAUAAUAAUAACAAUAAUAACAAUAAUAAGCGAUCGCAUCGCAAGCAAUCCAGUAAUUACAAGAACGGUCACAAUGUAUCGAAGAAAGUCUACGGCCUAGUCGAGAGGUUCAAGUCCAAAGCUGAGGUAAUGAGAAUCCUGCCGAAUCCUCCGAAUACGACUCUAAAGGGCCCAUUGGGUCAGCUGAACAAGGACAUUUGGCGCUUGUACAAGAGCAAGGCCCAAAACGAAAUUACUUAUGAAAAUAAAAUUAAUUCGUGGAAAAAUAUAUUUUUAUAUCUCAAAGAUUACUUGAGCAAUUAUGGUUUAUACAUGGUAGGUUCUACGAUGUCCGGUUUCGGUUUAAUCAACAGUGAUAUUGAUAUGUGUUUGUUGACGAAAUCUAUCAGUAGCGAUCCUCGUUUAGAUGCCUUACACCACCUCAACGCCGUCAGGCAUUUAUUAAUUAAAAACGAAAUGGCGGACGAUCCGCAACUGAUCCUGGCCAAAGUGCCGAUACUGAAGUUCAAAGAGAAACAGACCGGCUUCGAGAUCGAUUUGAACUGCAACAGUUCGGUGGGCAUCAAGAACACCCAGCUGUUGUACAGCUACUCGCGCCUCGACUGGCGAGUGCGGCCUCUCGUCAUCAUCGUGAAAAUCUGGGCGCAGGAAAACAACAUCAACGACGCCAAAAAGAUGACCGUGUCCAGCUACUCGUGGGUGCUGAUGGUCAUACACUACUUACAAUGUAAACACAGUUUUGUACACUAUGAGGGAUCUUUCCGAAGUUCGGGGAAUAUUCUUGGUGGCGUGGUACCGCCGGUGUUGCCGUGCCUCCACGGGCUGCUGCCGUCGAAGUUCGGCCCGUCGAACGAGCCCUACACGACCAACGUCCAGGAGGAGCUGCCGCUCUUCGAGGACUUCACCUCCGACAAUCGGCUGACGCUGGCCGAGCUGUUCGUCGGCUUCUUCGAGUACUACUCGUCGUUCGACUUCAACCGGUACGCCAUAUCGGUGCGGGCGGGUUGCAGCCUGCCCGUGGAGGAGUGCAGGUUCGCGAGGGCGCCCAAGAACGAUCCGAACCAGUGGAAGUACCUGUGCAUCGAGGAGCCGUUCGAUUACACCAACACGGCGCGGUCCGUGUUCGAUUCGGAGUCGUUCAGGUUGAUCAGGAACGUUAUCGGCGCGUCGUACGAGCGAUUGUCCGGUACUAAGCUGUUGGCGGACGUGCUGCCGCUCGUCGACAAGCGAAUUGUUAGCUGA